AUGUCAGAUGCAGCUCAAUACUCUCUCCAAAGCUCUCUGCGACGGCCUCGAACUCGCUGGAAAAUUCCUAGUCUCCAGCCGUUGGAACGUCUACAAGAACCUUGCAAGCUUUUUGACAAUGGAGUUAAGUGGUGCCACCAACGGAAGCUUGCAAGCUUUCAAUUCUCAACAAAAGUUUUACAAGAGUUUAGUACUGUAAGCUUCAAGUCAAAUGGUGCUAAACUAGCCAAAAAGAUUUCCUUACUAGCAGCUGCUGAGGAAACCAUGGAUUUGCAGGAUCUGUUGAUGAGAUCGACAUUAGAUUUGAUGUUUAAGGUGGGGUUUGGGUUUGAUCUUGAUACUCUAUCGGGUUCAAUUGAGGCAAGCAAUCAGUUUAUGGAAGUGUUUGAUGAAUCAAAUGGUUUAUUAUAUUGUCGAUUUGUGGAUCUUCUAUGGAAGGUGAAAAGGUGGGCUGGUCGUAUGAUUCAAGCAGAAUCUGAGGAAACAGAGCGUGAUGUGUAUCUGCAGAGGCUGAUGGAUCUUCCCAAUCAGUAUUUGGUGGUACUCCCAAAUCUUCAAUUGGAUAAGACUCAGAGAGACAAGAACAGAGAAUGUUUGAUGAUAUUUUUGGGAUGUUUUGAUGUAUGUGAAGAUGACGUGGCUGUUAGCCCAACUGGACAAGAUGAGAAUCUAUUAAGCCUUUUAAUGGCUCUUUUUCACUCUUCACAGUUAUCAGCUGGUGGUGGAAGUGAAGUGAGUGAUGAUGCAACAAGUUGGGAAAUAAUAGAGGGUGAAGAUAAUGAAAUGGAAAAUAUUCAAAAGGCACUAGAGAAUGGACCAGAGAUGAGUGUUGAUACAGAUAAGCAAACAACUAAAAGCAUUCAGACAAAUGGUGCACUUUCUAUACCCUUAGCAUCCCUUGGAUUCAUGACAAGGAGGUUGGCAUUGGACCUAAAGUUGGUUGCUAAUAUAGGAACAGUGGGUGCUCCAAAUGCAGGAAAAAGAAUAUUUUUAUGUGUUAUUAGUGCUGACAUGUAG